AUGUUAGCAGUAGGAUCUUCCACACCACAGAUGGGAGCAAAAAAUAUCAUCAUUUGUAAGCUUAUCAAGGCAAUUGAUUUCUACAUGAGUUGUGCAAUACUUCGCAAAAGAGCAAAACCAAAGAACAACAGCAGUAGCAGCAACAAUAUUAGACGUCUUCCGCGUAAAUUGGAAGAAAUCUUACAAUAUGAAGAGCCUGAUGUGGAAGUACUUUUGGAUGAACAAAUCAGGUACUGGAUUGAUACAAAGACAAAGGCAAAGUGCUUCUUCUUGUAUGCCAAAAAUCUACAUGUCCUAUGGUCAGAAGAAAGCAGCAAGUGGAGUCUGCCCCAAUAUAAAGAGCAUCCAAGUGAUCAACCUGUUCAAGUUUACGAGAUGGAAACAGUUCUAUCACUAGCUGUUGGUGGAAGUUUUGAUGCAGGAAAGCUUUCGAGGGGAGUAGAGUACAAGGUUUCACUUGUGGUGUUAUUGAAGAAAUUUCUCUCAGGAUGGGAAUUUCCACUGCAAACUAUACUUGUUAAGCCUGAUGGUACCAAAGAACAUCAAAGUACUGAAGAUCUUAUGGAAAAGCCAAAAAGAAAAUGGAUAAAAAUUCAACUAGGGACUUUCAUGAUUCCACAAGAGAUGGAAAGUAUCACAAAUUUGGAAUUCUAUGUGCAUGAAAGGAAAGGUAGAAAACUUAAGAUGGGACUGGUUAUUAAAGGUGUUGAAGUUUCUGUCUAA